AUGAAAGAGAACAAAUGCUUCCCACCGGGUACACAGGGUCUUCGUGAAGAAUUAGAUCUCUAUUUUCAACUUUGUUCUUUGGAAACAAAUUGUGACACAGCAGCUGUGAUGGCUGCCACAUUAGCGAAUGGAGGCAAGCUUUUUUCGAUUGUCUUCCUGUUCCGCUCAGCAGAAUUCUUUCUUAUUCUGAGAAUUCAGGCGAAACCGACGAUAGCGACUGUUUCUGUGAAGUCUUUAAUUCAUAUCGACAGCUCAAAAACAAGAAUUGGAAUCAAAAAAAAUCAAGAAUCAAAAAAAUUUGACUCACUCAAAAAUUUCAAAGACUUUUACAAAUAA